UCUUGCCUCUCCCUGCCUGCCAAGAGCCGAGUGCGGAAGUGGAAACGGCACUGUGCGGGCUCAGGGUUCCGCCUGUGGACGCCUCGCCAGAUUCCUCCAGCCAAAACAGCCCGCUAUCCUUCAAAUUUAACCCUUCCUGAGCAGCAAGGACCUGGGAAGAGAUGGCUGGACGGUUACCGGCGUGUGUUGUCGACUGCGGCACAGGUUACACCAAGCUGGGGUAUGCAGGAAACACAGAGCCACAGUUCAUCGUGCCAUCAUGUAUCGCAAUCAAAGAGUCAGCCAAGGUCGGGGACCAGGCCCAGCGGAGGAUGAUGAAGGGGGUGGAUGACUUGGAUUUCUACAUCGGAGAUGAAGCAGUAGACAAACCCUCAUAUUCCACUAAAUGGCCGAUCCGUCACGGGAUUGUGGAGGACUGGGACCUGAUGGAGCGCUUCAUGGAGCAGAUCAUCUUCAAGUACCUGAGGGCUGAACCUGAGGACCAUUAUUUCCUCCUGACCGAGCCGCCUCUGAACACACCAGAGAACCGAGAGUAUACGGCCGAGAUCAUGUUUGAAUCCUUCAACGUACCCGGGCUGUACAUCGCUGUGCAGGCUGUGCUUGCUCUAGCAGCCUCCUGGACGUCCAGACAGGUGGGAGAGAGGACGCUGACAGGCACAGUCAUCGACAGUGGAGACGGUGUCACCCACGUUAUCCCUGUGGCUGAAGGUUACGUCAUUGGUAGCUGUAUAAAGCACAUUCCCAUUGCGGGACGAGACAUCACCUACUUCACCCAGCAGCUCCUCAGGGAGAGGGAGGUGGGCAUCCCGCCCGAGCAGUCCCUGGAGACGGCAAAGGCAGUAAAGGAGCGGUUCAGCUAUGUGUGCCCGGAUCUAGUCAAAGAGUUCAGCAAGUACGACACGGACGGCUCCAAGUGGAUCAAGCAGUACACCGGAAUCAACUCCAUCAGCAAGAAGGAGUUCACCAUCGACGUGGGCUACGAGCGCUUCCUGGGGCCCGAGAUCUUCUUCCACCCAGAGUUUGCCAACCCAGACUUCACCCAGCCCAUCUCUGAAGUUGUGGACGAGGUGAUUCAGAACUGCCCCAUUGAUGUCAGACGUCCUCUCUAUAAGAACAUUGUUCUGUCAGGAGGCUCCACCAUGUUCAGGGACUUUGGGCGGCGUCUGCAGAGAGACUUAAAGAGGACGGUUGAUGCCCGGCUGAAGAUGAGUGAGGAGCUGAGUGGAGGCAAACUCAAGCCCAAACCAAUCGAUGUCCAGGUCAUCACUCAUCACAUGCAGAGAUACGCAGUCUGGUUUGGUGGUUCAAUGUUAGCAUCAACUCCCGAGUUCUACCAGGUCUGCCACACCAAAAAGGACUACGAAGAGAUCGGGCCGAGCAUCUGUCGCCACAACCCCGUGUUUGGAGUCAUGUCUUAACUCUGGAGUCUGACAGCCGUGGGCGGGCGGGGGGGGCUGCGAUAUCGGGGGCGGGUGGGUGAAGUUAGACUUUGUUAAUGACAGACCGACUCAGGAGGUGGAGGAUGAUGGUGCUUCUGUGCUCUUUGAUUACUUGUUGAUGUGUGAGACGAGAAGGCCACCCAGAAUUUUAAUAGAAAAAAAAAAAAGAAAAGAGGCCAGACCAAACACAGAGCGGCAGGAAAAUUAUUGUGAAUGUUCCUUUAUUUUUCUCUAUUUCUGUUUUUUUCUUCUUUUUUUUCAACAUGAGGGAAAAGGUUUGCAAGCCAAACAAUUAUAGGAACAUUUCUGGAUCUGUUGAGUGUAUGCAGGGAGUGAUGAUGACGAGGAUAAAGAUGAUGAUGGUUAUUAAGACGGUGUUGGUAGAUGAUGAUAAAAACAUUGAGAGCAACUUCCUGACACCAGAACAUAUUAUUUAUGUUUAUUAAAGUCCAGGCAGGAGAUCAUGACAACUUAGGAACAUAUUAUUGUCUCCUUUUAUUUCUACAUUACUUCUCCCAGCUUCAAAUGCACACACAAGAGCUUGUUUAUAUUUCAUACUAAAGUUUUUUAUAUGUAAAACCUGGGAAAUCAGGGGUGAAUUAAUAAAUAUCAGUACCAGAAAGAGACUGUUUUAUCCACAUGCAGCUUUGAUACGCAGUAUUUUCUUCAGUAGUAGUGGCUUUUCUUCUCCUGUUAUUCCCCACAUGUGUCAUUGCUGUCUGCCCUUUAGUUUCCAAACAGAACAUUUAACUCACAUCUGCUUUCACUCAAGGUAACGUCAGGAUUCCACCUCUGUGGUGCAGUGAAAGACAAAGGAGAGGAAUUAUUGAGGUGAUAAAGAUGAAAUAAGACUGUCAGACCAGUAUUGUUAGACUAGAAUUUUUUUUUAUUAUUAUUAAAUACCAAAUUAUUAAAUGAGUGGGAUUUGUGUAUUUAAUGCCUUGCAACAUUCCAAUAAAGGCUGAAAUUUGUUUCUAA